UCUUGGGUUGUCUACUUCACCUAUAUGUACCAGAAUUUUUCAUGCACUGAAGCUUGUGUAUGUAAAAUGAAAACUACAGCACUUUGUAUCUUUGCAGUGCUCCUUUCUUCGUUGUUGGUUGAGGGGAUGGUCCCUAAUAAACCCUGUCCGGGUUCUGGCUGCAAGGAACGGACUCUGAAAAAGUUUAGAGAUAAAGGAAGGGCUGAAAAUUUAGAAAUGUUGAGGAAGAACAUCCGCAGACGCUUGGAGGAGGCACAACGUGAGCGGCAGUACCGGAGAGGCAUCUGCUUACAGGCCCGCGAGCUGGGAUGUAAAGUGGACCAAAUGAAAUAAGUUUCCCCGACUUGAAGACCUAAUAAGCUAACUUAAAGUUACAGGAAAAAUGUUAUUCUUAAAUGAUGAAAUUGAGAUGUGGAUGAUAAAGCUAUCAUCACUAUUGUAUUUUAGUGCAAUUAAACUGUUUGAAAUGAACUGAAUAAAGGCUGUGGUCCAUAUAAUAAA